AUGGACUCUGACGAUGAUAGCCUGGAGGGAAACGACAGCUAUGACGACGAUGGCGAUGACGAUGAGCAUGGGACCAACAGGACACUAGUCAACACCACGACCACUUUCUCUCCCUGGUGUGGUUCGUCUUUGGAGCCGGACCUUGGACCUUUCAACGUCCAGCCUGACAAGUCGACCUCCAAUAACUGGACCAAAGCAUUGCAACAGAAGCUGAGGUGCAUGGCAGGAUUGGGUGCGAAGGAAACAACAUCCCAAGAACAACACCACAGCGACUCUUCUCUAUCUGAGGGCGUGAUGACGGACUACCUACAGCAUUAUGUUGAUCAGAGUCAUCCGGGACUCGUCAGAAUCCUGCCUUUUGUCUUUCCCUCCCUCCCUGCUGAAGCCUUUGACCAACUCUCAUACUCGAGGGCUAUGAUACCGACAGUGACACCACUACCAGGACACAGGGGGUCGAUCUCUCCUUCAACAAGCCACUCUGUCCUCAACAUAUUCAAUACUCUACAGCCGUCGCAUGGAUCCAAUCUUGAGAGGGCACAGUCUAUCCGGGUGGGUGUCGAGCGGGAUCUACUCAACCACUCUCCUCAAAGGAUCAAUACCAUUACCGUCUCUGUCUCACGGCUUCCUGCGAUCAUGUCCCUGCCCCAACGCCAGCCCGCUCCUUCGCCUCCUUCUCCACGACGAGGAUCUUCAACGCAGUUGACAACAGCAGCAACGGGAGGGCUUCAUUCGACUGCUGUCUCUUCUCUCACCUCCCUCUUCUCCUUCCUCUCUUCAUCACCCUUCUCGACCUCACCACUUUCAAACAUUCUCACUGCAACAUCAUCCUCCUCCUCACUAUCUUCACUGCAGUCAACACAAUCAUCACGCUCUACAACCUCGUCGUCGUCGUCGGCAUCUUCAAUACACGCAGACUCAUGGACGAGCACGAACCGGUUCAGUCGACUUCGACACCUUACACGGAUCGAGUUCCACGAUAUCCAUCACAAGUUCGACGAAGAGGCCGUGGUCGAUUUUUUGACCUCUCACAGCCAAACAUAUGACACGAUCCGCGAGGUCAAGAUUGGUGGACCCAACGAUAUUGGCAAGUCGACCGCCCCACGAGUCGUCAGGAUUCUGUCGUGUCUGAAAAAGGUCAAAGUGCUGGAUAUGAUAGAGUGGAGGGAGGCCGUCAAGUACCUUGACAUGAUCCCCACGCAGCACUUGGAGACGCUCUUGCUAGGCAACGUCAGGAUGACCAACAACCCGACUGAGAUAUCGGAGAUGGAACAACAACAACAGCAACAGCAGCAGCAACAACAACAGAGCGAGGCGGUGGACGAUGAGCAACAGCACAAGGAGGAUCCACAGAUAUUGGCACUACAGCAGUGUCGACGACUUCGAGAGCUACGGAUGCCAGUGUUGGUCGACGGUCUCUUUGAGUGGGCAGUCCAAGAACGUCAGAUCAGACUCGGUUCCUUCUCGCGGCCUUCUCUGUCUUGGGCUUCUUCCUCUGGACUGCCCUGUUGGGUUGACGGUCCAUCCCCAGUGCAGCUCGAGAAUGUUCAUUUGUCCGGGUCAAGCACCGGCCCGUUGAUCUCGACGCUUCUGCAUGUGGUUGAUGCCUUCCGAGAUUCGCUUCAGGUCCUCCAGAGCAACUCCUGGAUCGACUCGACAGAGACGGGGUCGUGCAGUCAGAGUCUAGCCUGGACGUGGUGUUUACCGAACCUGCAAGUACUUGACCUGCAGGGGGAGAUUGCCUAUCGGUUCAAGAUCCAGUCGUUAGAGUCGUGUCCGCAGCUCCGUGUCUUGCGAUUGACGCUGCUCCAUUCUUUCCUGCCUUCGUCGUCGUCUAUGACUGGCAGUGGUCCCGCUGGUUUGACGGCGUUGACAACAGAGCCUGAGGUGUCAGCAGGACAACUUUCGUCGCCAAGUGGUCCCUCAAGUCUGCCCUCGAGUCGCCUUUGCACCUGUCAUCGUCGAGACCUACGCCAACGACAGCCACGAGAGCAGCGACAUAUUUCGUUGGCUGAUGUUCUUGGCGAUGAUGACUCUGACGACUCCGACUGCACCUGUCAUACCCCCGACAACAGUAUUAGCACUAACUGCAGUCCCUCUCCAUCCUAUAUCGGCCAAGAUCGUCUCCGACGCCGUCAUGAGCUUUUCCCUCGACUGGAGGAGCUGAAGCUGGUCGGGGAUUGGGGUCUGACGAACGAGUCGCUUUUGGGGAUCGCCAAGAAGAUGCCACGCCUUGAGCGGCUGUCGCUGCUGCGGUGUGAGGGCGACAAAUUGACAGCCCUUGGGCUCAUUCGAGCCAUGCCAAGUCUUCGAGGCGACGCCAUCAAUGGUGACAACGUUGGUGGUGGUGGUGGUGGAUAUGAGAGCUGCCGAGUGCGUUGGAUGGAGGUUUGCAAGUCUUGGCAGUGCGAGAUUGGGGCUGCAAUCGAGUAUGACGAUGGCUGCUCUGAGGGUGAGAGCGAUAGUGAUAGGCGUAGGAAGAGUGAGAUGUAUAUGGCUUUUGCGGCUGCAGUCAAGGGAGGGGCUUGUCCACUUCAUAUCGAGUAUCAAUACUAG